AUGUACCACAGCUUUCUUAUCCACUCAUCUACUCAUGGGCAUUUGGGCUGUUUCCAGAUUUUGGCUAUUGUAAAUAAUGCUGUUAUGAACAUAGGGGUGCAUAUAUUCUUUCUGAUCGGUGUUUCAGAAUUCUUAGAAUAUAUUCCCAGAAGUGGGAUCACUAGGUCAAAAAGCAGUUCUAUUUUUAAGUUUUUGAGAAAACUCCAUACUAUUUUCUACAGUGGCUGCACUAGCACUGUACUAGGGUCCCCUUUUCUCCUCAUCCUCACCAACACUUGUUGUUGCUUUGUUGAUGGUAGCCAUCUGGCAAGUGUAAGGUGA